AUGAAUACACCAAAAUUAUCAGAUGCUUGCACAGUUGCUGGCUGGCGCCCACGCUUCGACAUCAAAUCCCUGUAUCCGGAAUUCGACUGGGACAUGUAUCCCAGUGGUAAAUGGACUCUAAAAAAUAAAGGCCUGUACUUCGUACCAUCAGGUUCAACCGAAAUCUUUCUCUUCACGGCCGAAGGCUUCUGGUACAGCAAGAAACGAUUUCCCCGAGUCCAAUAUCCGACAGUCCGUGACUGGCCUACAGAAGAACCCACUCAUUUUUUCGAAUUUCGAUUUCAGUUCGAUGUCUACUUCAUUGGACGAGAUAUCAAUGUCGAGACUGGGGCAAUUAUGCGUUGUGGUAAGCACGUCAAGCUCAGUUACAAUCUUCGAGAUCGCGACCUUCCACAUGUCCUCGAUAAAGACGGCUUCAUCAAACGGAUAAGCUGGUAUGAUAUCCCAGCGGAUGUCAACUUGGGGAACAGGCCAUACAAAUUUGUCCAAACAGUAGGUCCCCGGAUUUGCUCCGAAGCUCCAUUCGGUCACAGAACUAUGGAGUCAGCUUCGAAAGAAGAGUCUGGGUCCGGAGGUGAUCUUCUAAUGGCUAGUCCGUUUCGAAACAGACAGGGAUCGGAAAAGCUUGUUGAGACUGGGCUUACGAAGGAUGGAAGGACCUACGUGUUGGUCAAUAAAGAAAUCGAGGCCGAAAUGGAUGAAGAUAAAUGGUGGGCCGAGAAUCAGAAUAUGCUUCUUCUCGAGCGGAGAGACGGGAAAAUUGUACCAUGCCAGAUCAAGGAUCCGAAAUUUUUGAUUGGUCCCAAGUUCAAUCGAGCGGUGAGCGAGGAAGACGGCGAGGAAAAGCAAGACGAUGAGGAAUCCCGUUUAAUGGUCUCAGGGAUACCUAGUCAGCUUGGGCCAAAGAUUGACGAAGGAGUUGUAUUGGUUCAUGAUAAAAAGCAACAUUUCCCAAAAGGCUGCUGA